GGAAUGCGAAGCGGAAAACCUGUCAACACAUAGCACCAUUCGUCGUGCAACGUGUCUGCCUUCGGCUUCGCCGUUCCAUCGCCGCGGUAUCGUUUGAGUUAGUUUUGUUCGGAUCAGUUUAGUUAAACUUAAAAGUGAUGCCGAAUUAACGUAGCAAUAAGCAAUAAGGUGAAACCGAAGUGCGGCGUUUGCUUGGAAACAUGCAGAAAAAUGAGCAACUCGAAAAACAACAGUUACGAACAACGGUGCAUCAAGUGGCUUGAGCGGUUGGACCGUGCCGCCGGAAUCAAAGCGGUGCUGCAGAUAUGUCAGGAUAUAUUCAAUCAGUCCGAUCGGAACCGGGCGACGGAAGAGGAUGCCGUGGAGAUUGUUCCCGGGUCACCGGAAUGGGGAACAAGACUGUUUCUGAACAACGAGCUGCUGGUUCGACUAAAACUGCUUUCGGAGAGCCCGAGGAGUACUUUCGCGCAGCGAAAGAUCAUUUCAAAAUCGCUGUUCAAAAUUUACGUUCAAAAUUAUCGUUACUGUCGGAUGGUUUUUCCGGUAGGCGGUGUGCUGUCCGGUGGAAUUGCAGUAGCCGAUGAAGCUGUAGCCAUUUACGGGAUGGUCUAUUCGGGAUUUUUUGCGCUGCAUGGCCGGGAAGAUUUGACGGGAGUGGUGAAAAAGAAUUUUGACCUGUUUCAGGCUAUGGGAUGCUACAGCAGACACUUUAUCACGGUGGGAGAAAACAUACUGACCCUGCAGAGGAUGGAUCAGCAUGAUAGGGUGUUUGCCGAGAGGCAGGAAAAGGUCUGGCACGUUGUACUACUUAAUUUGGAGUCCCCGUAUCGGGGCGUUAGGGAUUGUAUGUUAAAUAUUCUCAAGCAAUUAAUCUGCGAUCACAAGUUUGUGCGAUCGGUCGUUUUGCCGGCGAUACUGCACUGGAGUUGGCUCAAUAGAAAUAAGUUUCACGUCCUGUUGGCAUUGUUGGGGAAGUAUCAACUUAAAAAGCUAGAGGAACUUGCAGGCGAGCGAAUUGAUGUCUAUGCAGCACUGGAACUUUCCCUGCAUUACAAACAUCUGUUCUCGGGAAGUCAAGGAAUCGCAAGGAUUUUGCACAAACAGCAGGAAGACGAAAUAUACGAGUUGGAAGUAAGGAUUCUGCAGGAAGGAAGUAUUGAUUUGGUUCGUAGUAUGAUUAAACAAUGGUUUUCAAAUUUGACGCCAGGGGAUUUUAGAAAACUGUUCCAAAUGAUGAAUCUGGAUCAGCUGAGGGUGGGCGAAAAUCGGAAAUUGAUGCCAAACUACCUGAAGCAGGAUAAUUUCGUCAAAUUCUUCCAGUAUAUGAAUUUGUUUCGACGGGAGUUCCAGUCCUGUAAGGAUUUAAACAUUCUGCUUGUUCUGAUGCUUCAAAUCACCACCGAAAUUGAUCUUGAUUACGCUUCAACGUGUCUCCUGGUGGAGACGCUAGUUCAUCACAUCACGACUCCCAACGAGCAUAUCCAUCCUUCCACCAGCGUAUUCUACAUCUUCAAGCUGAAGGAAUACGUCCUGCAUCACAUCGGGGUGCCGUCGAUGAACGUCUGUAACACCUUCGUAGUUCAGUGCACAAAAUUGCUCAAUUACAUUGCCUCGCUGUCGCUGGAACGAUACGAACCCAACGAGGAUGCCUAUGGGAUCGUUUCGGAGCUGAUGGGAUCCACCGUGUUUCAUCAGCAUCUGCAGAAACAGUCCGCCCAUAACUAUCACGCCGUACUGACAAGUUUGCGGAUGUUUCAAGCAUUCGCCUCACUGUUUCUGGAGUUCACUGCCAAAUCUCCCUACCGGCUGCAGGAGAAAACAGCCAACACAUCCGACACCUGCAGCUAUUUACUGCCAAUGGAGGCGGAUACCUUCUAUGAUAUGAUCUACACCGUGGAACAUUUGCUGACGUCUGAUUUUGAGGACGUACGGUCGAUCGCGCUAAAGCUGCUGUACAAUCGAAGCUCCGCCUACCAUUACGGACCGGCGCUGCAAGCGAAACUGUCCUUGAUUUAUUCCUACCGCACCCGGUCCGCCAUUCUGGAAGCGAUGAGCACUUUUUUCGACGAAUCCCACACGGCUCUGUUGACUACGCUACGCGAUCACGACCGGGAUCUGUUUGCGAUGAUGAAAAAUGACUACCAACUGUACCAGCAGAUCGAUGGUAUUACGGAGGCUUUCUUCGGUUACGAAGAGUCCCGAUCGCUCCAGGUGCUGGAAGGAAUUCGGGCCUUCCCACGGAUGUUGCUGCUGGUGAAUCGUGUGGUAGAGUUCGUUCUGCGAUCGUUCAACUGCGCCAAAACGGACGAUCAGCGUCGGGACAUGAUCGGGUCUAGUUUUGAGAUUAUGGACAACAGUUUGCAGCUUUUGUUAGAUCGAUCGUCCCAGCGGUCAACGAAUCUGGCGGCGGAUAAGAAGAUGAUGUUGAAAAUGCUUUGGAAAGCGCUACGAUCGUCCGCUUGUUUCGUGGAAAAUUUCGCCAUUUGGGUGUUGGAUAACUAUCAGACUCGGUUGGACGUGGUUCCGCAGUUGUCGAUUUGUUUGCGAGUUUUUGUAUUGAUUUCGUUGAAUUGCUGUCAUCGGGGGGCGAUCGAAGCGACGGGAGUUCAUUUCGGUAGGUUGAUUAGAAAGAUCGCCAGUUUGAAGGGGCGAUUGGUUGUGCGGAACGACCAUCGAAACCGUCAGGCCCGGUUGAUAGUUGAUUUGAGUGAGAGGAUGUUCCGGGCAUUGAUAAGACUCAACCUGCAGGAUGAAGAUGUUCGACGGUGUAGAGGCUAUCUUUGGUUAAUCCACAACUUCAUCAAAAACGAUUCCUACUGCAACGAUGAACGAUCGUACCUCAAAAUCUAUCUCAACGAACAGCGGUUAGCGCUGAACAAUGGACAGCAUCAGGGGGCUGAAUCGCUAACGAAAAUCUCCGUUAUGCAGUUGCACCAAUUGAAUCUACUCGUACGAGAAGCUUCCAUGAACGAAACCGUGUUGGAAUACAUCGAUGAUCUGAUGAUCAUUGCACUGGAAAGGUUCAAAUCGACAGACUGGCCAACACGAAAUGCCGCUUUGCAGUUGUACUCAUCGAUUGUCACUAAACUGGUCGGACAGAGACAGCAAUGUUCGGAUCCAAAAUGUGACUGGCUUCCGGUUUAUGUAUCAUUAAACGAACUUAUUUACAAACUGGUCAAAUCCAACAAGUAUAUCUUGAAAGAACUUCGAAGUGGCGAUCAGACGGCAACACCGUUCCUGAUUCUGGUUCUGGAGUUUCUCUCGAAGGUAGAAUACCGUGCUUACAACGUUCCCGGACAGAAAUCGAUCGUGGCCGACUAUCGAGCGUUUAUGUGGCGCUACCUGAGCCACGAGAACGAUCAAAUCCGACGGUUAGCUGCUACAUGCUUUGCUCAAUUACACGAUCCUCAUGAGGAAACUGGAAAGCUGAUGGAGAACUUAAUCAUAUGUUUUUAUACUGCCCGGGGGAACGAAAACUUCCGGCAUGGUUUACUACAGGUGGUUCACUUCAUGGUUAGGAAACACGUGACCAACGCUCGCUACAUGGGUGAAGGUUUCCUGAAAGAGGAAUAUCUAGCACGCGUGAGACACCUGCUGGUACGGUACCGGCGGCUGGAUGAUGGAAAAGUGGCCAGCUAUCGGUUGCGAUGUCAUCUGCUUGAUUUGUUGCUCUAUCUGGGUUUCGAUAAAAUGGAACCGAUUGUGGUGGAGCAGGUGUUCAGCAAGCUGGCACCGAACAGUUUUGGGUUGAAUGUGUUUUUGAUGCGAACCAAUGCGCUGUACAAUAAAAGUGCACAAAACGAGGCUGGUAACUGGCCAAUGGAGUACGAAGUCGUGAUCGAGGGGGUGGGAAAGGAUGAUGAGGUGGAGGAAGAUUAGGUUGAUGGCUAGAGCAACGGACGACUUUUCGCAGUAAAACCUAAUCGACAA